UUAACCACGGGCCGCGGGGGCGGUGCGCGCCACAACACACAGAGCCCGCCGCGCGAGGAGGAAGCACGCGAGAGGACUCCGCCGUCGGCUUCCAGACUAUCCAAACGCGCCGCGGACCGCUCUGCCCCCCCCCCCCCACCCUGCGUUGACUGAGGUUGGACGAGGACCCCCGCCUGCGGACGUCGUCGACCCUCGCGCGCAGCCCGCCGGACGUGUAGACGCGCCUGUGGGAGUAUCCGGGCGGGUCCCCCCCUCUCAGGUUCGUGCCAUGCCGCCCCUGCUCGCCCUGGUCCUGCUCGCCGCUCUGCUCCACGCGGCGCCGUCCCGCGCCUCCUACGUGCCCUGCGAGGCGUGCGACCCCAAGACGCUGGCGCUGUGCGCGCCCGUGGCCCCGGGCUGCCGGGAGCCCGUGAAGGAGCCCGGCUGCGGCUGCUGCCUGACGUGCGCGCUGGAGGCCGGCCGGCCCUGCGGCGUGUACACCGGGCCGUGCGCGCGGGGGCUCCGGUGCCUGCCGGAGGCCGGCGAGGAGAAGCCCCUGCGCGCGCUGCUCCACGGCCGCGGCGCGUGCCGGGCCGAGGCGCCGUUCAAACGUCAACUCUGGCCGCGCGACGAUGGCGUAUCUCCGGGCGAUGCUAAGCUAGGGGGGCCCCUGCUCUUCGGGGCCCCCUCGAGGGUGCCGCUGUACGGGGAUCGCGACCACGUCGGGCGCCGCAAGGCCCAGGCCAUGAAGCUAGCCCGGGAGCGGGGGAAACAGCUGGCCCGGCAGGGCGCCUCUCGGGGGGGCGGCCUGGACCCCCGGCCCCUGGCCCCGGAGAAACCCCAGCCACAGUUUGGCCCCUGCAGGACCAGACUGGAUCAAGUGAUCCAGAGUAUGAGGGUCUCCUCUCGGGUCGCGGCUCUCUCCCUCUACCUCCCCAACUGUGACAAGAAGGGUUUCUACAAGAGGAAGCAGUGCAAACCAUCGCGGGGGAGGAAGAGGGGUAUCUGCUGGUGUGUGGACCCCUUGGGCAUCAAACUUGUGGGAAGUGUCUACAGCGGCGGAGACCUACAGUGCAAGGAUCCCGACGACAGCAACGGCAACGAAUGAGAGCGCUCGGACUGGCGCAGAACCCCUCCCUCCUCACCCAAUCAGCAUGAAGACUGCAGAUCGACUGCCCCGCCCCUAGAACACACAAACACCUCACACCCACACGGCACCAGGUGACCUGGUUUCAAAAGACCAGUUAUUACCCAUCAUGCACCUGACGAUGCAUCACUCCAUUACCCAUCAUGCACCAAACGAUGCAUCACUCCAUUACCCAUCAUGCACCAAACGAUACAUCACUCCAUUACCCAUCAUGCACCAAACGAUACAUCACUCCAUUACCCAUCAUGCACCUGACGAUA